GACCCAAAUAAUCGUGCGGAAAGACAGCGAAUGGCAGCAGGAGCCAGCGUUAUGUUUCUUCAAGUACGACGAUGGCUAUGGGGGGCAAUUGAGGACAAACUUCUGAGGAAAUUUGAGACUGAGAGUAAACAUGGUCUCAGUGAAAUCAAGAAUUCAUGCAGACAAUCUGUGGAAGCAUUCUGCGACGUCACAGAUGCUUACUACCAAAACCAGAUCGAGAACGCCCUCAGGAUGCAGUACCGGUCAGAGUGGAUAGACCGAAAAACUAAGCUCGACCAACUCUUCCAGCUGAGUGAUCGCCUCAAUGUUUACAGACACAAGGCUAAGGAACUCAAACAGCAACAAGGAGCUCUCCAACCUAACUACCUAGACGUAAUUGAGUAGACGUGGACACAAAUUAAUAUCAUCUGGAAUUUUAGUAUGAUAAUGUCUUCCAUGCAAAACCGUGUUUGGCUAUGGUUUACAGGUUGUAUGAUCGAAGGGCUCGAUGUUACUGAGCAAUAAUCGUAUGUAUUCAUGCUCACAAGUACCCGUCGUGUGCAGGUUCGUCAUCUUGACGUAGGGAAUGUAUCAUCGAGUAGUCUUUGAUGCGUCAUUUGAGAGUGACGCUACAUUGCUACUAUUUAGCAAAAUGCCUUAUUUCAUAAAAAGAGCCAUGCAUUUCUUUGAAACUAAUUACGAACCCUGAAGGAAUUAUACCACCUUAUAAAUCUAAAUAUCCAAUUGUUCCUCUCUUUCAAAUCACCAUUAUCAAUAAAGCUUGUGGCCAAUAAAAUUAGUC